AUGACUUCUGAUAAUAAUACAGAAAAUUUUAAUAUUAAUAUUAACAAUGAUAAUAUUAAUGAUAACAAAGAAAACAACAACGAUAAUAAAGAUGCUAAAAAUCAUUCAUCUUUGCCACCACCAUCAUCAUUUUCAUCAUCUCAAUCUCAACCAUCUUCACAAGUUUCUUCUUCUUCUUCUUUCUCACUAACAUCAUCUUAUCCGUCUUCACUUUUCUCCUCCUCUCCACAAUCUUCUUCUUCUUCUUCCUCUCCUCCCUCUUCUCCUCCACCACCAUCAUCAUCGGCUUUAAUAAAUCAAUUGGCGAAAGACAUAUUACAAGAUUUACUCGAUGAAUGUGUGGUUGAUAUUAUGCUAGAGGUACAAAACGAAGAAAAAAAAUCAAAGUUUAUCAUAACGAAUGAACUUGAUGAAUUGGAUCCUGGACAAAAGAGGAUACGACGUUUUCGGUCAGGAAGUCAGAAACCUAAAAUCAAUAAAAGAAAAAACCAAAUGCCUAAAAUGUAA